GAGGCAAUGGAUACAAACAAUUACUCCAUAGUAUCAGAGUUUGUGUUCCUGGGAUUCACAAAUUCAUGGGAGAUUCAACUUCCCCUUUUUGUAUUCUCUUUUUUGUUCUACUUUGCAAGUAUGAUGGGAAACUUUGUCAUUGUGUUCACUGUCACCUUGGAUGAUCAUCUGCACACCCCCAUGUACUUCCUUCUUGCUAACCUCUCAGUCAUUGAUAUGCAAUUUUGUUCAAUCACAGCCCCUAAAAUGAUUAGUGAUAUUUUCAAGAAGCACAAAACCAUCACCUUUUGUGGAUGUCUUACACAGAUCUUCUUUAGCCAUGCCGUUGGUGGCACUGAAAUGGUGCUGCUCAUAGCAAUGGCUUUUGACAGAUAUGUGGCUAUUUGUAAGCCUCUCCAUUACCUAACGAUUAUGAGUCCUCGAACAUGUCUAUACUUUUUACUCACCUCCUGGGUCAUUGGUCUCCUUCAUUCAUUGGUUCAAUUAGUUUUUGUGGUAGAUUUGCCUUUUUGUGGCCCUAACAUAUUAGACAGCUUUUACUGUGAUCUUCCCCGGCUACUCAGACUUGCCUGCAUAGACACUCAAAAACUACAGUUCAUGGUCACUAUCAAUAGUGGAUUCAUUUCUGUGGGUUCUUUCAUCUUGUUGGUCAUUUCCUACAUCUUCAUUCUGUUCACUGUUUGGAAUCAUUCUUUUAGUGGUUUAUCCAAGGCCCUUUCCACUUUGUCAGCUCAUAUUACCGUCGUGGUUUUGUUCUUUGGACCACUGAUGUUUUUCUAUACGUGGCCUUAUCCCACAUCACACCUGGAUAAAUAUCUUGCUAUUUUUGAUGCAUUUAUCACUCCUUUUCUGAAUCCUGUCAUCUACACAUUCAGGAACAAGGAGAUGAAAGUGUCAAUAAGCAGACUCUAUAGUCAUUUUAUGCAUCUCAGGAAGAUUUCCUAA